GUGUAGUGAUGGCAACGAAAAAUAUUACUUUUUUAAAUUCCGAAACGGGUGAACAAGUCGAAAUAGUUUUAUCAAUAGAAGAUGCAAAGCGUGCUGAACAAGAUUUAGCAUUCGCCACAACGCUGAUGCACGCAGCUUUACAGGAAAAAGAGAAUAAUAAUACAAACGUACAAGAAUCUGUGGAUGCACAACUACUAUCUGGAAGUGCUCUUAACGAAAGUAACCAAAUAUUGGAAGAAAGUGCGAUCAACAGUGAGGAUAAUGGAUUAUAUCGAUGGAUGUCACCGAUGGUGCUAUUGUUGCUUGACACCUACAGUCAAAAUGAAGAAAAAUUUUCAAAUGGAAAAUAUUCCCAAAAAAAGGUUUGGGAGGAGAUAGCUGAUGUGAUGAGGGAGAAAAUCCCAUCGAUCACAGGUCCGCAAUGCGCUGCGAAAAUGCGGAGUUUGAAAAAAACAUUUAAAAGUAUUAAAGAUCAUAACGGAAAAUCCGGCAAUGACAGGCGAACUUGGCCGUUUUAUGAGAAUAUGGAGCGCAUUUUUGAAAAAAAAACAUGGUUUUCACCAGUGGCCAUCGCAUCCUCUUCAGGACUUUCGACUCGCAAAAACGACGAUUUAAACAGCGGAGAAUCAUCUAGUUCGCCAUCUCCUGCCACCGUUAAAACAGGAAGCGUAGCCAGUCUACUGAAAAAAAGAUUAGCGCAAAAAGAAGACGAAGAGAAAGCUCGCGCCAAACGACAUAAGGAACGUAUAGAGAUGGAUGAAAAAUUCCUUGCAAUUCUAUCGAAAUUUACCGAUCAAAAAUAACCUGCAUAGAUAGAAAAGUAGUAGUGCAAAAAUCUUUUCCUUCUCCUUUUUAAAAAUGACGAACAUUUAAUAAGUUUCGUUGGACAAAGACUGUUUUGUAGCAUUUUAAUAACUGCGCAGCAGUAAUCUUUACUUUUUUAUUUUUAUUUCUAUAACUAUUACUAUUAAGUUUCUAUAAAAAAAUCUAAUGUUUUUCAUUAAACAUUUGUGAUACUAAAGUCAUAUGAAAUAUUAUAGAUUUUUAAGUUUUGUUGAGAAGGGAUUGCUGCACCUUUCCCAUGAUUUCAUA